AUGACGGAUAACUAUUUGUAUCAGUUCAUGUUCAUGCGCUUCCUUUUUCUUCUCUCAUUGGUCCUUGUUUUACUAACUGUUUCUCUGUCUUCUCAGCAGCCACUUUGUCGCGAAGAUGAGAGAUCAGCCUUGUUGCAAUUCAAGGAUGGUUUUAUCAUUGACUGCUCUGCUUCUUUUGAUCCUUUUGCAUAUCCUAAGGUUGCAUCAUGGACUCCAGAAAAAGAGCAUAGUGAAUGCUGCUCAUGGGAUGGGGUUGAGUGCAAUGAGGACACAGGUCAUGUGAUACGCCUUGAUCUCAGUAGCAGCUGUCUCUAUGGUUCUAUCAACUCUAACACCAGCCUUUUCCACCUUCUUCAACUUCAAAGGCUUAAUCUUGCAUUUAACAACUUCAAUCACUCUCAAAUCCCAUUUGGAGUUGGCCAUCUUUCAACACUUACAUAUCUCAACCUCUCUAAUUCUAUGUUCUGGGGACAAGUACCUAAAAGCUUGGCAAAUUUAUCUUCUUUGGCAACUCUAGAUCUACUAAAGUGCUGGUUACAUGGAGAAUUUCCAACCGAAAUUUUUCUGCUACCAAGCCUAAGGUUUCUUAGAGUAGCAUACAAUCAAGACCUCAUUGGUCAUUUGCCUGAAUUUUACUCUAGCAGUUCUCUUCAGGUUUUGACACUUGAGGGCACAAGUUUUUAUGGUAAACUACCGACCUCAAUUGGAAACUUAAGUUCUUUACAUGUUUUAAAUUUUAGGAAUUGUCAUUUCUCUGGAUCUAUCCCAGCUUCAUUGAGCAAUUUCACCCAACUCACUUAUCUAGAUAUGUCAGGGAACACUCUUACAGGUCACAUUCCUUCCUUGUCAGCUAACCUGACUCAACUAACUUUUGUGGACCUUUCCUACAAUAAAUUAAGUGGGAUGUUGGAGUUAGACAUGUUUCUUAAGAUCAAAAGUUUUAGUGUGCUUGUGCUAUCAUCCAACUAUUUGACAUUGCUAACGAGGAUCAGUUCAAAUGACACUCUUCCGCAGUUUCACACUCUACAUUGGGUUCUUGCAACUUACAGGAGUUCCCAGAUUUCCUACGCAACCAAAACAAAUUGA